CCUGUACCUGUAUCGGUACCAUUGUACUGAUCAGCCCGGCAUGACAUGACCUCGACUUUGACUAUGGGACCUGUGGACCCUCCAGCGCGUUUGGCGCUCAAGGCUGGGAGAAUCUUGGCUGGUGAAGCGGAUGUAGAGAUCAAGCAACGAGAGCGUGCAAGGAGAGGAGACACUGACAAAGUAACGUCCUCUCCAGCCUCAUCCUCACGCCGUCCGCCGCUUGCUCGCAUCCUCGCAACAAGGCUAAGGGAAGCCAGCGCAGUACUGAGCGAUACCGGAAUGCCAUUGCCUACAGAGGACCGUCCCAUCGACUCUGCCUCGGAGGAGACGCUGCACCUGCUCACAGCCGAGACGGCUCUCAUAUGCCUGCAGAUCCUACACGAGGAGGAUAGCAGAACGUCUAGGGCCCGAAGCUCGUCACAACAGGAGGAAGAGCUGGUAGGGUCAAAAGAUCGGAAGACGAUUCAGACCUUGUUCUCAUUGGUGUCUUCCUGGGGUCUGGAACCAGCGAUACUCAGCUACGAUGCUGCUAUAGAGUCUAUCAGGCAGACAUCGUCCGUUGUCGAUUCUGCGCCUCGUCUACGCGAAGUUACGGAGGAACAGCAGGAGCAAGCAGGCCUACGCAGGUCAUUUGAGAUCGUACGGCAGGAGCUCGGUCAUCUCUUCACCAGCGCUUCUCGCCUCCUCAGAUCUCAGGCCAGCCCUGCCACUUUCGUAUCCACUGGUCUCAUACCGAUGCAGAUCCUGACGACACAGCAGACCAUAGCUACACAUCUGCUCGGAGCCGCUUUGCGCAUCUGCUGGGGUCCGGGAGCGGAUAAGGUAGACGGCAAGGCUUCUAUGGGUGGUGUCAAGGAGGAGGCAAGAGACUGCAUAACUCUCUUUCUCAAGAGUCUCCAGCCCGCUCAGCUACUGCCCUUGCUAUCCUCGGUCUCUUCACCUCGUCAGGCGAGUCCACCAGGUAGCCCUUCCCUGCCUCCAAUACCGGCCUUUGUGCGCGGCUUUGCUACUCGACUCCUCUCUGCGCAGCUUUUGCGUCGUGAAGGCAUCGUCGCGCUGAUUUCGUCGGUGAUGAAGAUGGGAGAAGAGUCGAGUGAGGAGAAGGUCUCGCCAACCAUCAAGCUUGAUCGAUUGGCUACACUGCUGACGAGCCCUCCAAGCGGAAUGGAAAAGGGGGCCUUUCUAUCUCAGCAUACUAUACCUGCGCUGGUCUCCUUCGUCAUACCGAACACUGCAGACGCCGAUACAUCUGCAGUCUUCGCAAAAGUGGCGAGCUACACACUUGAGAAGCUAGCCGCGGGUGAAUCCGAAGAGCUUGUGAGAGCAGCUCUCGAGCCGGUCAUCUGGCAGCCACUGUUGCCUGGAGUCACAGGCUGCACCCCUCUGCAGUCAGAGCUCCCCUCCUCAGCUCGGAUAGCAGACGCGGUACACAGUCUCGAAGUGCUCGUACUGUGCUCUACGUCUAUCUCGUCUGCAUGGCUCAGCUGGCUCAUCAGCCCCGUUGUACUGCGACUCUGGGACAUGCUGGGCACCCACGAGAGUGGCAGAGAGGCUAAAGUGAAGGAAGUGAAGAAGGGAAAGGUCGCAGCGCAGUCAGAACAGCUGGGGAGCAUACUACAAAAGUGGCUGGCCGUCAGCGGUGUCGAGGAGGUGAUGGGAGUGAUCAGACAGUGGGCCAGUGCGCAAGAGCAGGAUGCUACCAGGAUAUACUUUGAGGUAGACGAGAGGAACACAGCAGUGAUCAAAUUUGGGAGGCCGCCAUCUCAUGGCACAACCGACCUCAGCGCCCUGCUUUCCAACAUCUCAAUGUCUCCUCAUGCAGAAAGCGAUGACGACCAAGCCCGUGCCCUCUUACCCCAUCUGCAGGGAAUGGCAUCUUCACGGUCAGGGCCCUCGGCCUCGCUCUUCACCAACCUCCUCUCUCGAGCCGGGCGCAGCGAUCUGGCGUCUUCUCUCUUGCCACAGCUGCUGGAAAGCUAUCUAGCUGAGAAGUCGCGCUCCACCACACAGGCUUGGUACAUCCUUCAGCUAAUUGUGGAGCUGCUUGACACUUUUGGGGAGGCAAUGACAAAGCAUAAGCAAGAGACGAAUAACGUCCUUCGCUUUGUCAAUGUGUGUCUGGGUGGCGACAAAGGAUCCAAGACGACAGAGCAAGGUGUACAAGAGGUGCAGCAAGAGGAAGAAGUUCCUUUCAUCGGGCCUGGCGGUCGCUCUCGCGGGCCCAUGGCCGAUUUGCUAGACGCUGGCAUCGACGCGAGCACAGCUGGUGCAGGGCCCACUGGAGGCGAACAAAAAGGGCAAGAAGAAGAAGAGCUCGAUGAAGACCUGAUCAAGACGGCGCUUGACCUACUGCUGAGCGUCCUUGAGGGUAACCUUGAGCUUGCGCCGAGGACGAGCCCUCUGCUGAGACUUAUUGAGUCGAAGCUGUCGCGCUAUGUGUCAUCAAACGUGGAUGAGGAUCUACGCAGGGUGGCCAAGGAAGCUCGCCUAGUCUUAGCGGCUCGGGAGCAAGCCACUCGACCUGAAGAAGCAGAUGCAGACCUGCCCCACGUCGGGACGCCGGCGAGCAGUGCACGCCAAGCGGCCCAGUCAAAAUACGAAGAAGCACUGAAGCUCUUGCAAGACCCUAUCCUGCCAGUACGGGCGCAUGGUCUAGUGCUUCUCAAGGAGAUUGCAGCAGCAACCGAGCAUCCGGGCGCGACUGCCCACCUGUUGCCUUCUAUUCUGGAGAUUCUGCUCAAGGCAAUAGGCGACGAAGAGUCGUACCUGUAUCUCAAUGCCAUCUCAGCACUGAAGGAGGUGAUCCUUCGAGGGGAGCCAUAUCUCUCGCAGAUCCUCGCAAAGUACGUGACCGGCGACGCCUCUCGUCAAGGGACCGACGAGCGUCUGCGAAUUGGCGAAGCGCUCCUCGCAGCCAUCCAACAUCUAGCCGAAGGAGGUGCAGUCUACUCUUCCUCUUUCCUGCCUGCUCUGCUGACAGUCCUACGGGACAGAAAAGCCUCAACGACGCUAAAGUCUUCGGCAUUGACCCUUCUCGGCACCUGCGUCGAGGCCUUUCCUCUGGCCAUUGCGAGCGCUACUCGCGAAGGGUACGUGGGCAAGAUGGUACGUGGAUGUCUGGACUUGUUACAGCUGGAGAUGGUCCAUAGAAGGAGCAGCAGCGGUGCGAGGCCGACUUCUGGCAGCUUCGGUGAGCAUGCAGAAGAGGAAGAAGAAGAAGACCCUACCGUUGCCCGUCAGCAGCUGCGCUUCGCCCCAGGCGCAGACGACUCGACCAGUCUGGACUCUUCCUACCCACAGCUGCGUCGCGGAGCUCUUCUCCUGCUGCACCUCCUUAUCAAGGGCACGCGUGACCAGCUCGCCCUCUUCGUUGAGACGCGAGCGAGAGAGCAGCCUCAGGUAGGAGCAGAGGGGGGGUGGAUCGCUCUGAGGCUGCCGGGAGGGGGAAGAUUGCCUUCUCUCUCCUCCAGCUUCGACCCCAAAUCUGCUCCGACAACUCUCCCACCUUUGCUCUUCCCCCUCGCCGAGCGCAGCAGCGGUAGUGGAGGCGACGUCCAAUUGCAAGACUCAACGCGCACCACGAUGCAGUACCUCGCUCUGGAGGACGAUGAUGCCCUUGUGAGACGGAUGGCGCGCGAGGUGGAUGAGGAGUUGCAGGCGUUGCUUGUUGAGAUGGUUGGGGUGGGAUUGGGUGGGUGAGAUGAGCGGAGCGAAGAUGGAUGAGCGAGUAGAGCGUAAGAUGAGGCGAUGGAGGGAAGAGGCAAUGCGGCUUAUCGACACAGCGAGAUAUGUCGGAAAAACCGUAGCCAUACUUCCUUCUUUCACAGCGGUGCAAUCAUUGACAAAAUGGAAUAGAUGUAGAUGCAGCAGAUGAUGGUGU